GGAACACAGUCAAGUGAACGCCGCGUUUGUAUAAAUACGAGCAAUGUCGCGAGCGCAGCGCUUUACACCGAAUCCCUUUUACAAGAACAAUUGCGACAUGUUGCAGGCAGUGCUGUACGCGUGUGUACUCCAGGCGGUCGCGGCCAUAAUAGUCACCGACCCACCCCCCACGAGUACUGAAUACAACUAUUGGUACGAUAUCAUCGACCCCUCAACCGGCGACGCGAAGAGCCAGCGUGAGUUCAGACAAGGCGAUAUCGUCAAAGGCUCCUACUCCGUCGUAGACCCAGAUGGAACUAAACGGACUGUUGAAUACACUGCUGAUGCCAAACACGGCUUCAAAGCCGUCGUUCGCAACGAACCAGUAAUGCACAACACAAUAAAUAAGCGCCACUAUGUUGCCCACUAUCCAAGUUUUGUGCAAAGCCAUGUGAUCCCCGUACCAAACUUCUAUCCAUAUCCCUUCCCGUACUCAAGGCGAUUGGAAGUACCGAUAUUUUCGAAGAGUAAAUUCGUUGAGAGAGAACAGACGAAUUAUUUUACACCUGGAAAUGUGACUUCGACCAAACUUACUUUUAAUAAAGGAGAGUUUUUCAUACCGAAUUAUAUGAAAUAAUAAAUCAUUUAAUAUACUUGCAUUUGUAUUUGUAUACGCCUCAAAGAGGCUGUGAAUUAUUGUAUUCUAUUUGUGAUACUAGAUAAUUGUAAUUUAGCUGAGAGAUAAAUUAUAAUAAUGUAAAUUAUAAUAAGGUGUGUGUGUUGUGUGUUGUUUUGAAUUGUCCGGAUAAAUAUAAUGAGUCAACCUUU